AUGUUGUCGGUUUUUGAGAAGUAUAUUUUGUUGUCCGUUUCUUUUGUGGCGUUGAGUACCGGUAUUUUUAUUGCUAAAGAAGAAUGUCCCCAAAACGAAGAGUUCCUGCUCUGCGGGUCAGCGUGCCCCUUCAAUUGCUCCAACCCUGAGGGUCCCGUCAUAUGCUCCGAGGAUUGUAUUGAAGGUUGCUUCUGUAAAGCUGGCUAUUUGAGGAACGAUAAUGGCACUUGUGUUACUACUGAUCAGUGUGUUGAACCAUGCCUAAACGACAACGAAACAUAUGACCUCUGCAACGGGCAAUGCGAGCCUUCAUGCGACGACCCCGAGCCAAUAUGCACUCGCCUAUGCAAGGGCGGUUGCAUAUGCUCCCCAGGACUUCUGCGAGAUGCAAAUGGAGAAUGCGUCAGUGUUGAUAAAUGCGCAAAUAAUACUGAUGUCAGUGUGCUGUCUAGAUAUAUGAAUGUUAUUAAUAAGAUUUUACAAGUGUGA